GCUUGGCAACCUGAAGAAGCUGAUCCUGUCCAAGAACGAGAUCGUGGACUUCCCCAGUGAAAUCCAGAGCCUGGGCUGUUUAGAGAAGCUCGAGCUGAAUCAGAACCAGAUCCGGGUCAUCCCGGAGGGGGUUUUCUCCCGUCUCCUCAGGCUUAAACACUUGCGGCUGAACAACAACCGUCUCAGCGCCCUCCCCAGGGACCUGGCAGCUUGUGGAGGCAGCCUCCAGUACCUCAACAUCUCCAACAACCUGUUCCGGACCUUCCCCCCGCCCGUCCUGCAGCUGGCACGCCUGCAGGAGCUCCACGUGCAGAAUAAUGCCCUUCGCCAGCUCCCCAGGGAGCUCUUCCAGGGGCAGUCCCUGAAAAUGUUCAAGGCCAACGGGAACCCCCUGCGGGAGCCGCCCGGUGAGGUGUGUGCCGGGGGCGUCCAGCAGAUCAGGAAUUACUUCAGCCAGCUCCAGCGUGGAUCGGGGCAGGAGGACAAGAGGAUCAAGACCAUGUUCCUGGGGGCCUCGCUGGCAGGGAAGUCCACCAUCUGCAAAAGCCUGAGGCAGGGGCAGCCCAAAGAGGUGCCCAAGGAAGAGCGAACGGUCGGGAUAGAGAUCAGCGAGUUCCAGAUCGAGGACUUCACGUUCCUCUGCUGGGACUUCGCUGGCCAGCUGGAGUACUACAUGACUCACCACGUGUUCAUCACCCCGCAGGCCCUCGUCAUCCUCGUCAUCAAUCUCCACAUGUACCAAACCAAUGACAAGAGUUUCAAGGAGCUUGUUGGUUUCUGGAUCAACAACCUGUCCAUGCGUGUCCCCAGCUCAGUGGUGCUUCCUGUGGGAACCCACGUGGACUGCUGCCGGGAGGAGGAGGUGGAGGAGAAGAGGCAGGACAUCAUGGCCAGGAUGGAGGCCAUGCUGGCGGAGAGGAGGAGCAACCUGGCUCACUGCAUCAACAACCUGGAGGGCAGCGAGGAGCCCGAGUUCUACAUGGACCAGUGGGAGAGGCUGAAGGAGAUGGAGAGCCACACGUUAACCAUCUUAAACUUAGUUGCUGUGAACUGCACGGAUCACCGUGGCAUCAAGCAGCUGGAGGCCACCAUCCUGCAGCACGUGAAGAACGAGGAGCUCUUCCCAGAGGUCGUGCGG